GAGCCCAUUGAGCCUGACCAAGGAGGUGACACCUGUUCCAGUUCGUAACCUGUCUAUCCGGUCCAUUAGCCAUGUCUCUACCGCCUGUGAAUCCUGAGAAGACGGCUUCUGGGAUCAUUCAAGAUCCAAGAACUCUUGAACGAAUUGUGCCGACUUCAAAACGUAGCGAUGGGUCUGUCCGUAAAGAGCUCAAGAUCCGACCCGGAUUCACACCUCAAGAGGAUAUAGGUCGAUUCCGGUCUAAUCGGCAGGUCGCUGCAGACGCUCGGAAAGGCUUGGUACCCGGAUCCAAUCGACCUCCCCCGCCAAAACAACCAGAUCCUGACAACGUAUUUGCUCAGCCUGCGAAAGAGAAAUCUAAAGCUCAGCUGAAGAACGAGAAGCGGAGAGAGAAGAAACGGUUAGAGGCCUCUAACAAGGACUGGGAUGACGAUGAGGAUGGAGAUGAGCAUGUGCUGGAGGAUGGACAAACAGCUGUCGAGAUACCCGGUAGCAAAGAAGCUACUGGUGGAGGCAUCUACAAUCCUGAAGACUCUUUCACUCCAUUCUCAAACCACGGUACACCUGAUCCUCCUGCUAUCCAACCGAAAUCCCAGGGCUCCAAUAUCCCCGCUUCCAAACCUUCAGAUGGUGCAAAUAUCAAUUGGGCGGAUAUGGAUGAUUCUCCCGUCGGCAUCUCAGCUUCACCUCCUUCUGCACCGGAACUCGCAUCCGCUAUUCAAGCCUCUGCGUCGACCUCAAAAUCCAACCCAUCCGAGGCCGCCGCGAACAGCCGAACCGCUGGUCCGGCCGCCAAACGCCAUCCAAUACAAGGUGGACGAGAUGGGCCCCUGGGGCUGGCACAUCCGCCACCGAUAGAGCAAUCCAAGUCAGACAAAGCCACUUCGUGGAGGAAGGAGAAACCACCUGCGGAGAACCCAGGCAAGGGUGCUGGAGCGAAGAGCAAGGGCAAGAGCGGCAAUACCAAGCCUGCAGCGGGUCCCAAGGGAGCAGCCGAACCGCCGAAACCGACCUCAGAGCCUCGAGUCCGGAAAGAGGUCAAGAUCAGGCAAGGAGGAGUCAACGAUAUUGGCUCGCUUGCAAGUCGAGUGCGGAGUCUUGUGUUGGAGAACCAGAAGCCUGCGGCCCCUCGAGCGAAGAAAGAGAACGCGGCAGAGUCAUAACACCUGAGGAUCUGCUAUAAUCUCCUGACCAACAUGGCCAUAAUUCACCGGUCCUAGACGCGAGACUAUAACACGAUGUCUCUUCGUGAUCGAGACGGGAAGCCUUAUCAUUAUUAUCAUUCAGCGAACUUGCGGGACUUUGUUGCACUUGUCGGCCCCAUGUCUUGAACUCAUCACACUAGUAAUGCAUACAACAAGG